GGGUCGAGCGGAACGCAUGCGAACGACGGGCCAUCCGUAGAAAACUCAGAAUGUUUGUGGUUAUUUACCUAGUGAUCGCGGUUGCCUCGCUGCUGGCGUAUCUUUUCCACCGCAACUUCAGCUACUGGAAGCGCCAGGGCGUGGCCCACGAUGCCCCGCAUCCGUUUUAUGGCAACCUGCUCGGAUUCAGGAAGAACCGGAUAGUGCACGACAUUAUGUGCGAUUACUACAACAAGUACCGGAAGAGCGGCAACCCUUUCGUCGGUUUCUACUUUCUGCACAAGCCGGCAGCCUUUAUUGUGGAUCCCAAGCUGGCCAAAAAUAUCUUGAUCAAGGACUUCUCGAACUUUGCCGACCGCGGUCAGUUCCAUAACGAAAGAGACGAUCCGCUCACCCAGCAUCUGUUUAACAUUGACGGCAAGAAGUGGAAGGACAUGCGCCAAAAGUUGUCUCCCACCUUCACCUCCGGCAAGAUGAAGUACAUGUUUCCCACCGUGAUCAAGGUCUCCGAGGAGUUCGCCACGGUGAUGUUGGAGCAAGUACCCGCGACCCCGAACGGGGCUGUUAUAGAGAUCAAGGAGAUGAUGGCCAGAUUCACCACCGACGUGAUCGGCACCUGCGCCUUUGGCAUCGAGUGCAACACGCUGCGCACGCCCGUCACCGAUUUCCGCACCAUGGGCCAGAAGGUGUUCACCGAUCUGCGUCACGGUCCCCUGCUCACGAUGUUCAUAUUUAGCUUCCCCGAGAUGGCCAAAAAACUAAGGAUGCGAAUUUUCCCCGAGGACGUCCACCAGUUCUUCAUGCGCUUGGUAAACGACACUAUCGCCCUGCGGGAGCGGGAGAACUUCAAGAGGAACGACUUCAUGAAUCUUCUCAUCGAGCUGAAGCAGAAGGGCAAAGUCACCCUAGACAACGGAGAGGUCGUCGAGGGAAUGAACAUUGGCGAGCUAGCCGCCCAGGUAUUUGUCUUCUACGUGGCAGGCUUCGAGACCUCCUCCUCCACCAUGAGCUACUGCCUGUAUGAGUUGGCUCAGAAUCAGGACAUUCAGGACAGGUUGAGGAACGAGAUCGAAACUGUCCUCGAAGAGCACAACGGGCAGUUCACCUACGAGUCCAUCAAAGCCAUGCGUUAUCUGGACCAGGUCAUCUCAGAAACUCUGAGGCUAUACACCUUGGUGCCUCACUUGGAACGGAAGGCCCUUAACGACUAUGUGGUGCCUGGCAAUCCCAAGUUUGUAAUCGAGAAGGGCACCCAGGUCCUGAUUCCCGCCUGUGCCUUCCACCGGGACGAGAAUCUCUACCCGGAUCCCAUGCGCUUCGACCCGGACCGGUUCACUCCAGAGAAGGUGUCCGCCCGCGACUCCGUCGAGUGGUUGCCCUUCGGCGACGGUCCCAGGAACUGCAUCGGAAUGCGCUUCGGACAAAUGCAGGCCCGCAUCGGUCUGGCCCAGAUCAUCAGCAGGUUCAAACUCUCCGUCUGCGACCAGACAGAGAUCCCUCUGAAAUACAAUCCCAUGUCCUUUGUAUUGGGAACAGUUGGAGGCAUCUACUUGCGGUUGGAGCGUGUUUAGAGACAGUGCCUGUAUGCCAUUGUAAAUAUCUGAGAUUAUGUUAAGCAGGAUAAGUGUUGUGGUCCCUGUGCUACUGGUUUCAUGUAUAAUAAAUGUGAUGUUUUGAUUUCUUAGAUCCUAA